AUGGCACGUCUGUUGUGCGAUGAGGUGACAACUGAUCGUUUCAGUCCGGUAGCUUUUCCCGGUGGUACCGAAAUGAUCCUGAAAUACGAUGAGCACGUUCUCACCAAUACAUACAAAUUUGGAAUCAUCUAUCAACGAUUCGGACAGACCACAGAAGAAGAGUUGUUUGGAAAUGCUACACGAUCGGAUGCUUUUGAUGAAUUUUUGAAUAUUAUCGGCGAACGUGUCGAGCUCAGGAAUUUCGAGGGUUAUCGCGGUGGACUUGACACACAACACGGUCAGACCGGUACGGAAUCGGUUUAUUGUCAAUUUCGACAACGCGAAAUUAUGUUCCAUGUAUCCACCAUGUUACCGUACACCGCCGGCGAUAUGCAGCAGCUUCAGCGGAAACGACACAUUGGAAACGACAUUGUUGCUAUUGUUUUCCAGGUAUCAGUAACUGCACGUGAUGAUGUUCCCUUCUUUGGGCCCACUCUACCAGCUCCAUCAAUUUUCCGAAAAGGCCAAGAAUUCCGUAACUUCUUGCUCACCAAGUUGAUUAAUGCUGAAAAUGCUGCCUAUAAGUCAACGAAAUUUGCAAAACUUGCUGAGCGCACACGUUAUUCAUUGUUGGAAGCACUUUAUGGUAAUUUAAAAGAGCGAGCGCAUUUCUACGGUUUACCACUUUUGGAAACAACUGAAAAUGCAUCACAUUCGAUGGGAAUUUUCCAUUCUGUCAAAAAAGCUUUUACUGGGAGGUAA